CAACAAGGAUGACUCAUGGAGGGGAGGGUCGACCUGUAGGUGUCAAGUGUUGUUCAACUUAACUAUUCAAUAAUUAUGGCUGAAGAAGCGAUGUUUGACUUUAUUCACAUGGAAGCUGUGUCUUAUGUCUUUCAAGGAGGUGAAAAAAUAUCAGAACACACAACAGUACCGAGGAUAAAACACGUGAAACCAAAAGAUGAAGCCAUCUCAAAAUUGGAACACAUGGGUUUUGCCACCGGCUAUAGACUUGUUGAAAGACUAACGAGAGAGUCAGGACGGUACAAAGAUGAGCUGGACAUCAUGAAGUAUAUAUGUAAGGACCUCUGGGUAACUGUAUAUAAGAAACAGAUCGAUAAUUUACGAACGAAUCACCAGGGAGUUUAUGUCCUCCAUGACAACCGAUUCCGUUUUCUCUCACACAUGGCAGCAGGGAAACAGUAUCUUCAAUAUGCUCCCAGAUAUCUCGCCUUCACUUGUGGACUUGUACGAGGGUGUCUGGCUAACCUUGGGGUCACGUGUGUGGUCACAGCAGAGGUCACACAGCUCCCGGCUUGCAAAUUCCAAAUUCAAGUUCAACGGGGAUGAAUCCUCGGUGGCGGAUAUUAUUGUAAUAUAUUAUGGACUUAAUGUUAUUCUUUGUACAUGUAUUGACACUUUUAACUUGUAUGUUUAAAAAAGUAAAGGAGUAUUGUUGUAUUCACCGUCUUUAUAUUAAAAUAUAUAAUUAAUGAAAUACC